UAAAAAUCACAUAGCACGUGACUACAAGGCCUGGUACAUGAAAUCCGGCGAAAGAAAAAGAAAAAAGAAAUGAAAUUAUGAAGUGCGCUUCAUCAUCGCACGUUGUUUAUUAAAAUCGCUCGAAGAUGACUUAUCAAUCUAUGAGAAUGGGUCUGCAGCAUCAAGUUAUUUACUUGCUUAUGCUAUGCAUACAUUGUGGUUUGACUCAAAAUGUCACUGACCCUCCGACAAGUCAAGCCAUUUCGAAGUCUGACACAUUGCUGUCCGGAUUCUACAACACUUCCGGUAACUCCUCCUCAUCAAACGACACAUCCAACGAAGCAUAUUCAGGAUUGUCGUCCGGAAAUUCAAUUACCCUGCAUGAUUUCAGCGUUUCUCGUGUGAAUGAAACAACAUCAAAAGAAAAUUCCUCAACUAUACAACAAGAUUUGCAAAUGCUAUCAGAUGUUUUCACUUCAGAGUUUAAUUCAACAGAAGACAUGCAAAAAGAUAUGGUUAAUGAAAAAUUGAAUGUAAAUAGUUCUUUAGGGGAAACAAAUUACAUAAAUAUGAGCACGGCAAUAAAAAUGAAUUCAAUUCCAAAUGCGGUAAAUAUAAUACAUGAGAAUGUUUCUCAAAUGCAAAUAACUACAAGUGCUUUUAAUGACGUCAAUAGUUCUUGGGAGGAGGAUCGAGGCACAGAUAUGUUUUUACAGGCUCCAAACAACGAAGUGAAAGAAACGAGUAUACCGAAUAACAUAAGUGUCUUCACUAGUAAUGAAACAGUUUUCGAUGUUCCAUCAGUUCCUUUUGUCACGUAUAAUGAGUCAGCUGCCGAGAGACUGAUACCGACCCCAGACAACAGUGUACAAAAACAACAGGAUAUUUCAAACAUAACAGAGAACAGAAACGCACCAGUUGACAUAAACAUUACCGUUGCAAACUCUACAUCUGAUAACAACUACGAACUUCCUGAAAUAAAAUGGAGACCCGGGAUGAGACAACCGCAAACAAUUUCGGAUUUGAUAAGAGUGGCAGGUGCUGAUAUAAGAUUUAUUGCAACUCAAUUCGGAAGUAAUUUUUCUGUAAACGGUACAGAAGCGCAUCCAUUAAACGCAAACGAUACUAAAACAAUACCAGAACAAGUAAAAAUUAUCGGAAGUAUAAAUGAUGCUAUAACGAAAUUACAGGACAGACAUGGUUUGGAAUUAGGUCAUGAAUCAUCAUCACCCAUGCACAAUGAUGGGUUUAUAAAUGACAACAACUUUGAAACACCGCAAUUAUCCAAUGUCAAAGUUAGUGGACCCAUUGUCCUGCCAUCAAGGCAGAUUUCCAUUGACGGUGAUUCAUCGAAUAGUGAUACAAACAACUUACGUACAAUGAAGUCAGAUGGCGCACCUUCUAAACUAACCCAAGUAGCAGAUGGUUUUAUGGCAACAAACACUUUAGACAACAUUAUUCCAAAUGUAGUGGUCAGAAACUCGGAUGAUGCCGACUCUUCGCGCAUUAGCUAUGUACCAAUCAUUGAAAGUCGUACAGCAAAUUUCCCGGAUUUGUCAACCGACGAAUUUGGACAAAAUAGCGACAUAUCGGGGCCCAGUGGUGGAAAUGGUUGGAUAAAUCCAACAGGUCAGUCUGAAACAGACUCUCGACGCCUUAUCUCAUUUGGAAACAACCCUGAGUAUGUAAUUGGUACUGGAAAUUCGGUGCAAAUACCACAGUCUUUAAUUAUUAACCACAUCCCAAACGGAGACACAUUAGAAAGAGAGGGAAAUAGACGGAAUGGCAAUGCUUUGUUUCUGAGAAUAAAUCGUGGAUCAACAGAAAGGAGAUGA